AUGAACGAACGCAUGCUCUUGUUUUUUCUCUGUAGUCUUAUUCUCUUUUUUUCCAUGUUUUGUUUCUAUCCGAAUCUGGUGAAUCGAUUGAGAGAGUUAUCUUCUCUUGAUAGUUUAUCGGAAGUCAUCGAGCACAUUGUAUGGAAAUCAAAACACCAAAAUAUUCACUUUUUGAUGGAGAUGUGUAUAUUUAUUGGCUGUGUGAUUGUGAUACCGUAUUUUCAUAUCGGAAAAACAUAUAGAGACGCUGUGGAGGGAAAAUUGGUGGGAUAUGGCUUAUUUCCAUUGUUAAGUUAUUGCAUCGGAAUGUAUUUUGAUUUGGGAGCAGGAUUCACGGAUGGUACAGUUGUGGUCCGGUCCAUUGCUCAGCAACAAAAACAAAUUCAAGCUUUAUACACUGAUUCCAGACAAGAUAUUUUGACUUUUUCAAAGCCUUUUUCUGUAUUUCAUGCGUGUUUACUCACUAACAUUCUAGCUUUAUAUUUUGAGGAUAAUUUGCAAAUUAUCAAAGUUUUAAUUUUCGGAACAUAUUCAGCAGCUUUGAGUAUUUAUUGGCCGAUUUCUUCAAAGUUUACUGCCCAAAUUUUGAAAAUAUCUGAUUUGAAAAUGGCCAUCACUCAUUUUGAUAUUGGAGUGUUGACGAGGUGGCUGAGCCCUCACGAGUUUUUCUCUUUAUUUAUUGUAGUCAUCAUUGGAUUUUUGGUGUUUGAAUCUACAUUUUCGGUGUGCAGAAAGUUUUCCCCUCACUCUUUCACAUUUGGAGAGAGUAUUAUUAUGAGCAAUGUGAUGAGUAUUUGUUUUUUGAGAUUGGUAGAUUUGUCUCUUAAUGCUCAUCUUCUCAUCGCAGAUGACGUUUCCAUGAUUGAAGCUUUCAUAGAAUUAAUGGUCUUAUCGACUGUAUUUUUCGGUGUGACUUGCUAUUUGGUAUUUGUCAAAUGGACUCGACGGAAAUAUAACACUACUACAAAUUAUGUAGCCUAUGCAGUCGCAUAUUAUUCGAUAGUUUUAACGUUCGUGACACAACGCGUGCUGUUACCAGAGGAGACAGCUCACUUAGUGAAGUUGGACGUGAAACAUCCAGUUCUGUGGUUGUUGGAGUUUAUCUUUCUCAAAGACAUUUAUCAUGUUUACUAUUUGGUGUAUUGGCUUGCCUGUAUUUUCAUAAUAUUUGUUAUCAUGAGUUUUUCAAGAGAAAUUCAAGUACCUAUUGAUACGUCAUCGCCACCAAGAAAUGACUCAUCCAAUGCCUCAAAGAAACAUCACACUACAACAUCCACGAAUGAAAAAUCUGAGAUCUCAAAAGACAUGGAAACAAAAACUCAUCGAGACAUGAUACUUCUCUUUGGAGACCGUAUUAGAGUUCCAAAAAUUAUUUAUCGAAAAUUUUUCCACAUUAUGGCAGUAAUUAUGUUUGUUCCUUGUACCAUUCAAAAACCACUGUUUAUGUGCCUCAGUUAUGCAGUCGCGGUUUGCUUAUUUUUACUCAUUGAGAGCUUUCGAGUUCAAUUUAUCACAGAGCACGAUAAUAACCAUGUAGCAAAGGCUCUUCACUUUUAUAUCAAGCAAUUCACAGAUAGUCGAGAUUCAGGUACCUUUAUUUUAACUCAUAUUUAUCUAUUAAUUGGGUGCAUGAUACCGACAUGUGUGGAAAUUUUCAGUCAUGAAACUACAAUCAAUUAUCAUAGGACACUCUCUGGCGUGCUAAUACUAGGCAUUGGAGACACCAUGGCUUCUAUAAUUGGAUUCAAUUUUGGAAAAACGAAAUGGAAUUAUCCUGCAAAUACUCGAAAAUCCAUUGAGGGAACUAUUGCAUCAUUUAUUUCUGUUUGUGCCAUUGCUUUUCUAGUAGUUCCAACACCUUCAUCGUCCAAGCUCGAAAUUCUAAGUUAUAUUUUCUGUGCAUUCUCUGCCAGUGUUCUUGAAGCUUACACCGUUCAAAUCGACAAUUUGAUCUUACCAAUAUUUUUCUACACGUUACUAUGCGCAUUCUCAACAGUAUAUACCAUUAAGAGCAAAUUAUUAGUUCCUAUUUGGAGAAGUGGAUGGUUUUAA